UGUCAUGUUGUCGAUUGGUUAUCGGUAGCAAUCAUAACCACGAGACAAAAAAGUGAAAUUGAAAGGAAAAAGAUACUCAAUCAGUCCUUGCCUUAUCCAAUCCCACUAAUCUCUCUCUCUCUCUCUCUCUCUCUCUCUGUGAAUCUCGUCGGAAUCCCGAUUCAUUCCACGGUAGAAAUUUAGGGUUUUUGCUUCUGGGUUUUCUUCCUGAGUUCAUGGACAGCUGUCUCUCUCACCUGGGAUCUCUCCCUCUUCUCCCGUCGCGCCGCGAUCCCGGAGGUAUCAGCUUCUCUGGGGGACGGACCGGCGUCGGCGUCGGCGUCGGUGUUAGCGUUAGCGUUCUCCCGUCGCGGCGGUCGCGUUCUUUGGCGGUGGUCGCGGCGGCGGGUGCGAGUCGGUGCGAGCCGGGGAGCAGCCUGAACUUGCCGUUGGAGCUGAGGUCGGUGCAGGGGAAGUUCCUGAGCAGCGUGUUGCAGAACAAGCCGCAGCUUUUUCACUUUGCCGCCGCCGAUGAGCUCAAGCAGCUCGCCGACGAUCGAGAAUCCGCCGUCUCUCGUAUGAUCCUCAGCUCCGGCUCCGACGAGGCUUGUCUCCACAGGAGGAUAGCUCAACUCAAGGAGCAUUACUCCCAAAUCGCGGUCCAAGACAUCAUGUACAUGCUUAUCUUCUACAAAUUCUCCGAGAUCAGAGUUCCCCUCGUUCCAAAGCUCUCCAGAUGCAUCUACAACGGAAGACUAGAGAUCUGGCCUUCAAAAGACUGGGAACUAGAGUCAGUUCACGGCUUUGAUUCCCUAGAACUUAUCAAGGAACACGUCAGUGCAGUCAUCGGCUUACGGGUAAAUUCAAGCGUAACAGACAGUUGGGCUACAACCCAGAUUCAGAAACUCCAUCUCCAGAGAGCAUACUCUGCUUCAAUCCUGUACGGCUACUUCUUGAAAUCUGCUUCCCUCAGGCACCAACUCGAAUCCUCCUUAUCAAACCUCCAUAUAAACCAGCAAAGACCACCUGUCCAAUACUCGAAAGGCCCCGUCUUUAGCUGUUCUUUCCCAGCAAGCGCCGUGCAAACAUUCAACCAGCUGGAGCUGAAGCAACUUAGACAAUACAUAUCCAGGUUUGAUCCCGAGACAUUUCAGAGAUGUGCGAAACCGAGAUCUGAGGAAGGCAGGAACUUGAUAGAGAAUCAGAGCCUUGCCCUAUUGGGACAGGAGAAGGGCGACGAUGAGACCAUUGUCACAUCGUUCUCGAGCUUGAAGAGGCUUGUUCUUGAGGCUGUAGCUUUUGGCACGUUUCUAUGGGACGCCGAGGAGUAUGUUGACGGUGUCUUUAAGCUCAGGGAGAAUGACAAUGCUGAGGAAGAAGAAAGUAGCAGCAUUUGAUCUAGUUUCUGAAAAAAGCUUCAAACUUUUUCUUUUGGUGUGUAUAUACAAUGUAUAGAAGUUUGGGUUUUAAUUUUUUAGUGUACAGCUAUUCAAUUAUAUAUAUAUAUAUAAAUAUAAUAUAUA